GCGAUAUAUUGAUUACUUUUGACAAGUUUAUUUGUGUUUGUUAAUGUUUAGUCGUCAUACGGAUGCGGGGGUUUAAAUAACGGCAGGAAAUCUUUUGAGGAAGUGGAGUGACAGCCUCGCUCUAAAUCAAGAUGGCAGGUAUGGCUUUAUAUUUUGAAGAUGGCCAUGAUGAUUUGGACGACUUUGGAUUCGAUGACUACGGUUCAGAGUGUGAUGGGAUUCGGAUUACAGCGUUCCUGGACGCAGGCCAGGAUAACCUUACCCCUUUGGGUCGACUGGAGAAAUAUGCUUUCAGUGAAAAUGCCUUCAACAGGCAAGCUGUGGCGCGAGGAUUGCUAGAUGUUCUCCGGGAAUUCGGGGAGAAUGAAAAUGACUUCAUCAGCAUCAUGGAGACGGUUGCCAGAAUGUCUGAGGAUGGAGAACCACCAGUGAGAGCAGAGUUGAUGGAACAGGUACCGAACAUUGCCAUGUUCCUCCACGAAAACCGCCCCAAUUUUCCUGAAGCCUUCUCACGGUAUCUAGUACCCAUUGUGGUCCGUUAUCUGACAGAUCCUAAUAACCAGGUGCGAAAGACAAGCCAGGCUGCUCUGCUGGUCCUGCUUGAACAGGGUCUGAUGAGUAAGGCCGAUAUGGAGGGACGGGUUUGCCCUGUGCUACUGGAGCUCACAGAACCCAGCAGUGAUGACGACUACAAGAUCGAGGCUGUAGCGAUCAUGUGCAAGUUGGUGACUAUGUUGACUAAAGAAACGGUGGAACAACUUCUGUUGCUGCGGUUCUGUGAACUAUGCAGUGACGCCAGACUGUUUCAAGUCCGCAAGGUAUGUGCAGCAAACUUUGGCGAGUUCUGUUCUACUGUUGGCCAGGAAGCCACAGAGAAACUACUGAUGCCUAAAUUUUUCGACCUGUGCUCAGACAGUUUGUGGGGUAUAAGGAAAGCAUGCGCUGAGUGCUUCAUGGUCGUUUCAAAUUGCACGUCUCCGGAGGUGCGACGCACUAAACUGUCCCCCUUGUUCAUCAAUCUCAUCAGUGAUCAAUCACGCUGGGUAAGGCAGGCUGCAUUUCAGUCCCUAGGUCGUUUCAUCUCCACAUUCGCCAAUCCGUCAAUCACAGGACUGCACUUUUGUGAGGAUGGAACCCUUUGUGAUAUAUCCAAGAUCUCCUUGGGAAGCCACCAGCAGAAAAUAAACACCAGCAACUCUUGCAACGCCUCAAGUGGGAGUCCCGCAAAACAUCUCAUUCAGCCCCAUUCAGCUCAGCCACAACCCACCUCAGAAACAACAGCUCCACCAUCACAACCUCGACAGGUCCAACAGAAUCCCACAAGUCAUUCAUCCACCAAUCCCAGAGAAGACAGCGCUAACCAGCACACCAACCAGCAGAUAGAUGACUGUGCGAUGUACAACUCCUUUAACUUCUGGAGAUCCCCACUGCCUGACAUCACCCAAGACCUCCAGCUUUUACAAGGUAAUGAAAGAAACGAUAAGGAGGAUGAAGAUGUGGUGAUGGAGGAAGAGCCUAUGAGGGAGACAGAAGAUGAGGAGACGGAAAAGCCACCCAGUUUAGAUGCUCAAGGCCCGUCCGCCAGCUCACAGAUCCAGAAGGUUUUAGACUGCCUUCAACCUCACAUAGAUGAUCCUGAUGUACAAGCUCAAGUGAAGGUGUUGUCCGCUGCGCUGAAAGCGGCUCAGUUAGAGAGCCAGACAGAAGAUGGCGACGAUUCUUCAUCGGACAGUAACGGUUCUGCAGGCUCUCCGACGUCUGAUGAGCUCAGCGCCAUAAGCGAACUCUCGUUGACAAACGCAGAGAUUUCAGACUCGCCCUUGACUUCACCCGUACUGGUAGAUGAUUCUGAACAUAGCAGUGAGAAACAGCUUAAAGAACGAAACGUGAGUUUAUGCUUGGCACAACUAUACAGCUCACAUAUCGUUCAACAGGAGUCAGACCUAAUAGAAAAUGUGGAGGAAGAUAAAGACUCAUACAUGACAAAAACGUCUGAAGAAGAGAAGUCUAAAGUUCAGAAUGUCGUCCCACAGCAGUUAUUAGAUCAGUACCUGUCCAUGACGGACCCGGCUCGGGCACAGACCGUGGACACUGAGAUCGCCAAACACUGUGCUUUCAGUCUGCCAGGUGUUGCACUGACGCUGGGCAGACAAAACUGGCACUGUCUGAAAGACACGUACGAGACGCUCGCUACAGAUGUACAGUGGAAGGUGCGUCGGACGCUCGCAUUCUCCAUACAUGAGUUGGCUGUGAUUUUGGGGGAUCAGCUGACUGCUGCUGACCUGGUGCCUAUAUUUAAUGGCUUCCUCAAGGAUCUGGACGAGGUGCGGAUAGGAGUCCUCAAACACCUGUAUGACUUCCUGAAGCUGCUCCAUACCGAGAAGCGUCGGGAAUAUCUGUAUCAACUCCAGGAGUUCAUGGUGACCGAUAACAGUCGAAACUGGAGAUUUCGCUAUGAGCUAGCAGAACAGCUCAUCCUGAUCAUUGAGUUGUACAACCACAGCGACAUCUAUGACUACCUCAGACAGAUAGCUUUUAAUCUCUGCUCUGACAAAGUAUCUGAAGUGCGGUGGAUCUCUUAUAAGCUGGUGGUGGAGAUCUUGCAGAAGCUGUAUUCCUGUGGAGCUCAUGACCUGGGUUUUAAUUUCAUCCAUGAGCUCGUUAUGAGAUUCUGCCGCUCUCCCAAGUGGGUUGGACGCCAGGCGUUUGCAUUCAUUUGUCAGGCGGUAGUGGAGGAGGACUGUAUGCCCAUGGACCAGUUUGCACAGCAUCUUCUGCCCAGUCUGCUCAGCCUCUCGUCAGAUCCUGUGCCCAAUGUACGCGUGCUGGUAGCCAAGGCGUUAAGACAAAGCGUGUUGGAAAAACCGUACUUCAAGGACCCAGGCAGUGCAUACUCCGAUGAGCUCGAGGAGGCUCUGUCUGAACUGAGGAUGGACAAAGACCGGGACGUACGUUUCUUCGCCACCCUAGAUCCCAGCAGGAACGUCCUGGACACGGCAGCGCUCAUUUAGCACCUUGUGCUGUCCGCACACCUGAACGAGCACCAGCAACAACAACACUAAACAUGUUCUUACUGACAAGUGUUUGAAAAUAGGAAUCACUGACUGACCUACGCACACACUCGCAAACUCAUCCCAUACAAUAUGCAUAUUCUCAUUUAUACAUAAAAUGGGCCUCUUUUAUAAAACUUAUAAAACUUAUUGCUAAUGCAAGAUGUUUCUUAGAUUGAAAUGUGAACAACGCUGCCAAUCAGAUAUAAACAACAAAAGUGCAAUGUUAGCAUGUUUUAUAAAUGAAGCUCAUUUGGACAACCUCACAUCUAGCACACACACACACACACAUUUGUUAACACAAUAACCAUCUCACCUCUGACUCCUCUCUGAACUGGGCAAGAUUUCAAUUUGCACCUUACGGCAGCACGAGUAUUUUGAGAGACGAGACAAACAUCAAGCAUCUUAACCUUGGAUACUUUUCGACAUCAAACUUUCCAGCUGCCCCUCCAAAGCUAACUGUACAUUUGUGAGAUUUUUCUUCAUUUCUUUUUCUUGUGGAUUUCUUCGAGGACUAAGAAAACAAAAGCAGACUUACACGAUGAAGUGCAACUAACUCAGGGAGACCUGACAGAUUUUUUUUUAAGCCGCAAUGCCGCGAGACGGUAUCGAGCCGUGCCCAAGUAAUGCUGCAGGAACAUUUGCUGCAUUUAUUAUCUUUCUGUUUACUCCAGAUUCACUUGAAUUAUUGGAGGAAUCAUCAUCACCCUCUUCUCAUCGCUCGUCUUUUUUAUGUUGGACACCAGACGACUUUAAUAUCAACUUUAACGUAUAUUUUAUCUGUGUGUGUCUUGUGUGUGAACCUGUCAUACGUAACCACCUUGUCUUCCCUGAUUGGUGGAGAGCAGUUUUAUACCUCGUUAUUUAAGGGCCAGUAUUUUAGAGGAUAAACCAGUGCUUUAAAAUGUUUAAUCUGGACAUCAAAAAUUGUCCAUUUAAAACUAUAAUUAAAUGUUCAUUCGGUUGUGAGUUGAGGGCCUGACCUGCAGAGGGCGCUGGCCGGUUGUCUGCAGAGAAACACUGAACCAAGCACACUGUUUAGUUGGAUUUGCACUAGUAGUUAGUCAAAGCACAUGAAUCUUGCAAAAUAGAUUUUGCUUUAAACUAAAUAAGCUGUCAAACGCGUGAAGUUAGUACGACGGACCAUUUUUAUAAAGCAUGGUUGUGCUGCUCUUGACAUUGUUAAACUCUAGCUGCUGAUUGGUAGUUGGUAUGUUUGCUUUUAUGAUUUAGAUUUAAAUCAGCACAUAAGGGCAAACUCUGCCAAGAGCACUUUACUUUAAGGGUUCAAUUGAGAAAAUACUGCAAGCUUUUUACCAUUUUUACUUUAAAAUCUGACUUUUUCUUUUCGAUUAAGCAGUUAUCUCGACCAAACGGUGCUCGGAUUUAGUGCUUUUACUCACAGUAAGUGUUAAAAAAAAAUUGUUUUAGUUUGAUGUGAUUGCUGGCACUAAAUUGAUAAGAUGUUAAUAAUAAUAUCUACAGGAGUCGCGGCCAGUCUUUAUUCUCUCCUGUAGAUAUUUGAUUUGGAAUCGUAUAACGGGAAAGUCACUUUCCGGUUGUUCUCGUGUGUCUGCAUGCGCCUGUGUGUUUUUCAUUUUUCCUUAUGGACCAUGUUUAUAGUAGAUUAUAUUUUUUUGUUUUUAGAUGCAAGCCAAUGAACUUUGCCCAAUACAUUUUCCCUUAUCUAUGUGAUUAAAUGAGGCACUGACAUAACUGUCAUUAACCACUUCAUCUGUCUGCAUAUGUGCUGAUCCACUAGAUUUCCUUGUAAUGUUACAAUAUUAAGAAGCAAGAGUUUGUAUUUCUCCUUUUUUAAUGUAUCAUGCUCAAAGAUUUUAUAUCCUAACCGUUCAGGUUACAAACUUUGUAAUUUUCUGUGUAUCUCUUAAAUACAUUUUAUGUGUUUGUUAUUUUUAGAAUUCAUUAAUUAAAAUAAUAUAAAUUGUAA